GGCGCGUGACCUGGGGCAGCGCUACACUUGCGCGCGAGUACCCGGCGGAAGUCGUGGCCACUGUGCCGACUCCCACAUUCCGGGUCCAGAGCCCUGAACCUCGAGCCCCCGGAUGCCUGGCUACUGCGGCACUGAUGUUUGAACUGGAAACUUCAGAACUUUCAAAAGACUUUAGGGUGGUUUUGAACUCUACACGUUAGAAAUUCGUCAGAACACUUUUUCCAGCCAGCAUGCUGGAAUCCCUAUGGGGAUUUCCUGGAGAGGAGCCUGAAGAGGUCAUUGUACAGACACCCAUGCUGAUGCUCAUGGUACCUGCCUAAUGGAUUUGUCUUUGCCAGUCGUCUCUUGCUUUAUUACAUUCUCUGCCACAGUUUUGGAAGCUGUAGAGAUACCCAUGGGACUGAGAGGUCUACAAGAAAGGGAAGUAGCACUUUCCUGCUGACUAGAAAUAAAGCAAGUGGCAAUUCUGACAAAAGACUGUUAAUCUUUCCACACCUGGUUUCGCUGGAUUGGGGACGCAGCUGGAGAGCAAGAAGUGAUACUCGGAAAGGGAACCCACAGGAAGAGGAUGAGGCCUGCUGGAGAGUAAAUGGCCACCUCCACCUCUCCAGAGACAAAGUCAGCUUCUUGGUGGAAUUACUUUUUUCUUUAUGAUGGUUCCAAGGUGAAGGAGGAAGGAGAUCCAACCAGAGCUGGCAUUUGUUAUUUUUAUCCUUCCCAGACCGUCCUGGACCGUCAGGAGCUGCUCUGCGGGCAGAUCGCUGGAGUUGUCCGGUGUGUCUCUGACCUUUCUGGCUCUCCUCCCACCCUCAUCCGCCUGCGGAGACUGAAGUUUGCUGUAAAGGCUGAAGAGGAUUACCUCUGGGUUCUGGGCUGUGCUGUGGAGCUCCCCGAUACCAGCUGCAAGCAGUUCCUAGAUCAGCUCAUUGGAUUCUUUAAUUUUUAUAACGGUCCAGUUUCCCUGGCAUAUAAGAACCAUUCUCAGGAGGAACUGAGUUUGCAGUGGGACACUUUCAUCGAGCAAGUUCUGAAGAACACCGGUGAUCUGCAUAAGAUAUUCAAUUCCCUCUGGAACCUGGAUAAAACCAAAGUGGAGCCCCUGCUGUUGCUGAAGGCAGCCCUCAUCUUACAGACCUGCCAGCGCACACCUCACGUUCUAGCUGGCUGCAUCCUCUAUAAAGGACUGAUUGUAAGCACCCAGCUCACGCCCUCCCUCACUGCCAAGAUCCUGCUUCACAGACCUGCGCCUCUGGACCAGAGAUUACCUGCAGCAGGGGAUGCAACACAGGACCCAGGAGCAUCAUUCCCCCCGAAUGUCCAGAUCACCCCCGUCUUCCUGACCGAAGAGGAAGCUGCCAGUCUCCAUGAGUUCCCGGUGGAGCAGAUGCCCAGGCCAGCCAGGCUUCAGGACAGCACGGCCCGGCGUCUUGCAAAGGAUUGGAGCACAUCUGCUUUAAAAAAAGAGGCUGCCUGGGCUCGGAUGUCAGCCACCACCCCGGGGCCCGUGUACCCUGACAGAGUGUGGCCAAAUGGUAAGACAGAGAAUGGACAUUUUCCUGCCGGUGAGGUGGAGGACUGGGGGCCCACAGGACUGCACACUACUGCCAAGGGCCAGGUCCCUGGCCUCAGCUGCUUCCUGCACCAGGGACCAGGCUUUCUCCAGGAGGAGACUGACUUGUCUGAAAUCCACAUUGCAGAAGCUCAGGAAGGAGGGGCAUCCUCAGGUCACUGUGCCCUCCUGCAAGUGUAUGCCCCAGGUGACAGAGGUCUUCACCUCAAGGACUCUGUCCGUGAUGCCAACCACCUGGAGCCUGUGCCUCCUGAGGGCAUGGCCACCGGCUGCCCCCACCCUUCCUCCUCACUGGAUGUGCUCGCCCAGAAUGGAGCCCGAGAGCAGCACGAAGACCUGCCUGGCACCAGCAGCUACACCCCUGUUCCUGGGACAGACCCCUGCCCCACACAGCCCAGCGGGCCACCGUCGCCUCACCCAGACCCAGAGCAGAGAGGAAGCGAGCUGCUUUCGGGGCACCAAGGUGUAGAUCAGCAGGUUGAUGGAGUUGGCGAGAGCCUUGCAGCCACUGGUUUAGAAUGUGUUUCAGAUUCAGCAGACUCCCAGGGUGAUGGCCCCUCUGCAGACAGAGCUGACUCCAGGCUAAGCCCAGUAGGGGGCCCGAGACUCGUGCAGCUGAACCUCUACACUCACAGUGUUAAGGGUUUGGUGCUGUCCCUGCUGGCCGAGGCACCGCUGCUGAGAGACAGCACAGCCAUCGAGGAGGUGUACCACAGCAGCCUGGCAUCCCUGAACGGGCUGGAGGUGCACCUGAAGGAGACGCUGCCCAGAGACCAGGCUGGCUCCACAGCCGGCACCUACAGCUUCGUGCACCAUGACCACAUCCAGAAUGUGCUCACGGAUACCUCAGCCAACCUUCCCCCGGUGGCCUCCGCCCAGGACCGCCACUUCCUCCAGGCCGUCAGCCUCAUGCACUCGGACUUCGCCCAGCGGCCCACACUGUAUGAGAUGACCGUCAGGAACGCCUCCACGGCUGUGUACGCCUGCUGCAGCCCUGCCCAAGAGACCUACUUCCAGCCACUGAUGGCCGCCUCCCGGAGCUCCGGCUUCCCGAACCCACAGGACGGAGCCUUCAGCCUCGCGGGCAAAGCCAAGCAGAAGCUGCUAAAGCACGGGGUGAACUUGCUGUGAGCCAGGUCGCAGCCCACCCGAGCCGGCACCCGUAGAGGAAGCUCUGCCUUUUGUAAUAUUUUAUUUUCCUUGGAGUAGUCCCUUUUAAGGAGCAUGCUGCUUGGGUUUCGGUGACCCCUGUGCAGACCGGGGUGCGUGCCCGGGGCUGUUCUUGGGUCUGCACACGGUGCACACGGCACAGGACUCAGUCAUGGCAGCAGCACCGGGCCAAGAGGGCAUCUUGCCUGCUCGUGUGAGGGAGGUUCAGGGUGGUUUCCCCGUCCUCCGCCGCCACACCUGGAGGCAUUAGUAUUUCCUGCCGCUUCUGCUCCACCCCGAACGGCUGCCGCAGCACUGCAGGGCGGCGCUCAGUGUGCCGCGUGGGUUCUCAGCCCUGUAACCGGGUGGGUGUGUGGGGCCUGGCUGCACUGCGACGAGGUGAGUCUGUUACCGGGCUGUCCCCACGACCGUGCCUCAGGGCGUCCCUGAGCGGGGCAGGCAGGAGCUGGGGCCACAGAGGUCACCGUAUUACAGGAGGGAGGGUCGUGGGGAAUUGGUCUGUGCUGCCUUUGGGAAGGAAAGGCUGUGUUCUGUCUGUGUCUGGUGAGCGUUCCACACAGGAGCGUCCAAGACGGGGUAGAGUAGGGCUGCGCCCUCCAGCAAUGGCUGUGAUGAGGGAACGGCAUGCGGCCCUGUGUCUCCGGACCCAUUGGCGCCGCCACUGCUAAUCGGGCCUUUUGUGAUGGUGCGAUGCAGACUGCGGCUGAAUCUCAGCUGAGUGUUUACUGCCAGGACCUGAAGUGCCGAAAACGAUGUUAACUGAUCUCAUGUCAAUGAACAGUAUCUCAGUUUGUUGUUGUUACUGUUGUUUGGUACCGGGGAUCGAACUCUGGUCCUUGGACUUUCAAGGCAGGUGCCAGAACCACUGAGCUAAAUCCGCGGCCCCAAUAUCUCAUUUGUAAUGUGUCUUUUCUUGAGACAAGUUUCCAAGGGCUAAAAAUAAAAUGGUCAGAAACCAUGAAUAAUUGUAACCUUUCCAGUGAGAAAGUUCAGGUGACUAUCAGUAUGUGUGUCUGUGCGUGUAUAAAGUCAGCCCUUAGUACCAGUGGACUGGCUCUCAGAUCCCCCAUGGAUGCGAAAAUCUACAUCUAAGGAUAUUGCAGGCCUGUGUACCAGAUCACAUAGUAUUUUCGUAAAAUCAGCACAUCCUCCCGUGCUCUUUAAAUCAUCUCUAGAUCACUCAUGAUACCUAAUCCAGUGUGAGUUCUGUGGAAGCUGUCGCUGAACUGCAUUAAGGAAUAAUGACAAGGAAUCAUCUGCACAUGUCUGGAACAGAUACUUUUUCCCCAUAGGAUCUUUGCUCUGUGGUAGUUGAGUUCUUAGAUACAGAUUACAUGGUACAGAGGGCCAGCCAUGCAUUUUUUUCCAGGGACCCUUUUCUCCUUCCCUGAACUCAGUGAGGCCAGGUAAGGAGCUGCAGCCACACCCCAGGGAGCCUGCCAGGCCUGUGGCGCUCCUCCAGCCACGGGCCAGCCAGAGAUGGUCACCGUGUCGGGUAGAGGAGGACCCUGCCUCGAGCCGGGAUAAGUGUGCGCUGUCUGCCUCUCUGAUGGUCCUCCCGGGAAACGGUUCAUUAACGCUUCCGUGCCAGCCCCAGGGGCCUUCCCAGGACAGGUACACACGGCUCAUUCCUUUCCUGUCACGGGGGUAUCUAUAACCAGCCACGCUGACUGAGGCUCAUUCUUGAACUUGGUAAAAUUACAACCUGCUGUGUAUUGAAAUGUAGACAGAAUUUGGAGCCCAGAGCUGUUCCGUACUCAGCUAAUUUCUUGUGUUUGAGGACUGUUUUACAAAAAUGCCUCUGGGCUGUCCCUCAGCCCUUCCCUGGACGUCCAAGCCACCAGCAGAUCUUAAUCUUAUUUGGUCUGCUUUCAGAAAUGGUCUUUCCAUCUAAUAGGGUGGCUUUAAGCUUAAAAAAUUUUUAAAUACGAAGUGCACUUGUUUCUAAACAAAGCUUCCUCCAAAGCUGAGGCUUAACCAAGUAAAGAGCAUGUCACAGAUAUCACAAGCACCGAAGAAUGAAAAUCCACACGCGGGGCUCAUUUUAAAUUCUGUCCACAAAUUCUUCACUGCAAGUUCGCAGUCUUGGUCCCCUCCCUUGAGUGUGGGCUGUACUUACUCACUUGCAGCUAAGGGGGUAAAGAUGGUGGACCUGACUUCUGAGGGUGGGUUACAGAGCACAAGGAAGUUUUUGUCUCUGCUUACUCAUUCCUGGGAAAGCUGGCUGCGACGUGUUGAGGAUGUGCGAGCAGCACCAUGUGAGGCCUGGCGGUAAGGAGCUCGGGCCUCCGGCCAGCAGCCGCAGCACCUGCAGGGCCUCCAGCAGUGGUCAAGCCUCAGAUCACAGCCCCAGCCACAGCCUGACUGCAGCUGCAGAGGAAACCAAACCAGACCCCAACCCAAGCCACUUCUGAGCAUCUUGGCCCUUGGAAAGCGCCGGGUGAUAAACGUGUGUAUGACGCCUCUCUGGAGGCGGGUGUAACUUGUGCAGCUGUAGGUGACCCAUCUCCCAUCCAUGAACCCAGUACCCACAGAGCUGUAGCAGGGCACACUGCGCUCAGACAGCUUCGGCGGGGAGCAAAGUCACCUGCAUCCCUCUGCGGUGAACCGGGCCAGACAAGGAAACACGGAACCCUCCCGCAGUUUCCUUCCACAAGUUCCAGAGCAGAGCUGCAGUGAAUGUUCAGCUGGGUCUCUGCUGCUCUCCAGGCCCUCCCCGGUAUCUCUUCAGUCUCCAGCAUCCCGGGUGCUCCCGUGGCAUGGCACCCUCGUCUGAGAACAGGCUUUCCCCACAGUGCCCCCAGACCCUGCGGUCAGCCUCCCUCAUACCACCGUGCCAGCUUGUGGGGGCCAGUGACUCAGUAGAAGCCUCCGGGCUCGGGUCUCUCCCUGUAGUCUGAGGAAACAUCUGUAGAGGCUGGAGGCAAGGCAGUAGCAGGGAAGAGGUCCCAGCCAGACCUCCUAGGUGGCCCUAGGAUACCCCCCCAGGGAUGAGGUGCAGGAGGAGGGGAGAGGGCCCUUCACAUUCUGAUUACACAGCCUGUGGGCACGUGGAGCGGCUUCCGCCCCUGAAGUGUCUGAGGCCCUUGGCGCCAGUCUUCCCAUCGGUGUCCCCAGUGCCAGACCAGAGAGGACAGCUUUCUCAUGCAUUUGUGUUGUGAACCUUCUUCCAAAGCCAAGAUGGAAGCUUCUGUAUCCCGUCUCUUGUGUAUGGAAAGGGGGUCCCUAAAGCGUAUCCAGCAGCACUUAACUUAAAAAGUCAAGUCCUGAAACAGGAUGCCGUCCUCUUGGCUUUAAAGCUUUGGUCCUGCUUUGUUUCCACAGCAGAGGCACCGCUUAGUCCACUUAGGGCCCCGGGGGCCUGGCGGCUGGGCCAGAAUCUUCAGAUCCUGGUGACUGUGGCCUGGAGACUGCUGGGAAAUGAACACUGAAAUCCCAGCUUCCUGUUCCAAUAUCUGAAGGCCCCGGGGGGUGUUCUGAAGAUGUGGCUUACUCAUAGGUCCAGGCUCAUUAUGCUCAAAAUUAACCUCUUGAGAGUGAGGUGCCCUCAGAACAGCAGCUCCGUGCGGCCUUGACAGCUUUGUCCUGCUGCACUGAGCACUGCACCCUUCUGUGGGUGUGGGAGGAAGGCAUUUGCAGGAUGGCCUGCCCUGUUGUCACAUUUGACAUCCAGAGUGCCACUACAACCCAGACCGCAGGCCGCACAGCUGACAACACAGGAGGGAAGGGCUGAGAGGCUCUGUUCUGGAUCAGUCCCUGCUGCUACCACCUGUGAACAGCAAGGAUCACGUUCCCAGGAGAGAUUAAUAGCAGCUGUCAGAUUCCCACUGGGAAAGAACCUCUGGACCCCAGGGAAACAGCCUAAUCAGUCUGCCUCCUGGAGUCUGCAAGGAGGGAGGCAUCUGAGCAUCAUCUGCUCUCCUCCCCUCAACAGUAGGCGCCAUGGGUAGUGGCAGCAAGUGGAGACUAGGACUGUGUUGCAGUCACCCUUGCUGGCAGCUCUCUGCUGCAUUUUACCCGUGUGCUCCUUUCCAUUGUGGCUGAGAUGCCCCUCCCACUCCAUCCAGUUACUGCCGAGACCCUAAGUGGGUCAGCACGGACACAUCCUCCACUGCUUCAGGGCAGAGGGUUAAGACAGGUCCCCAUUCCUGCUCCUGGUGCGGUAGUCUGUGCAGUGUGAUGGAGUUAGGAUUUUACGAUGGAGGAUUAUCAGGAUUAUCCAGCCCGGCCGGCUACAGAUGCCAUCACAGAGUGUCCACGGGUGAUGCCGACAGAAAUGUGCCCCCCAGAGAAGGCCAUGUGAAUAGGGAGGCAGAGAUGGAAGGGACACAAGUCUAGGAAGCCUGAGGCCACUAGAUACUGGAAAAAGCAAGGAAUGGAUUCUGUCCUGGCGCCUGCAGAGGUCAUGUGGAAUCUUGGGGCCUCCAGAACGGAGAAUGAAUUUCAGUUGCUUUAAGCCACCAAGUUUAUAGCAUUUUGUUACAGCAGCCACAGGAAACUAAAACAUCCAUCUGCAAACUUGCUGUCUACUCUGGUCCUCCAACCUCCCUCUUUAAGGAGUGCAGCAUGGAGUGCCCGGUGGACAGCAGAAGAGGUGCCAGGCAAAGGGGAGACUAAGCAGGAUGGCUUGCCUCUCUCAGCAGGAGUCCCCAGCUCUUGCCAGGUGAGAAGCCAGCAAGAGAGAGCAAGGCACUAACAGGCUGCAGCUGUCCAGGUGGAAGGGUCAGUGUCCUGGAGCCGGCAAGGGCUGCACCAAGGGCAGAUCUGAGGAAUGAGCGCUCAAGCAGGAGGCCGGGAGCGGACGCAGUGAGCCUGCUUGGUUACAGGCAGUCUGCAGUGGGAAAGGAGCCAAGGAGAUUCCUGCUCCCGAGGAGCUCACGGAGUGAGCAGGGGACCGACGGCGGACAGGCACGGUGACAUACAGCGGGAGUACACCGCCUGCUGGACCCAAGUGCGCAGACACGUACGCCUGAAUGGAUUCCUCCUGGGCAGGGAGCAGGACAAGCGGUACCUGUCCCUGGCUCUGCUUCUCCAUCCUGACUGCCGCGAGACCCCUCUGUGAGGAGACGGCAAGGUAGGGGGCAAAAGCAACAUCUGUCAGCGUAGCUUAGGGAAAAAGACUGCAUCUUUUCCCAACAUACUCCUUUAGUUUGGGAAGCUUUAGACGAAGUUUCUAAGGGCUUCAAGGUGAAAAAAGCUUAUCUCCAAAUGUCUGAAUGGAACUGAGCUGUGGCUGCUGUGAUCCAGAAAUCCAGGCUGUUUUUUUUUGGUACCAGGGAUUGAAUUUAGGACCUUACACCUGCAAGGCAGAUGCAGUGCCACUGAGCUAAAUCCCCAGCCCCCAGGCUGCUUUUCGGAAGGCAGUAGGAAGCCAGAGGCUGUUUUAGGGCUGCCAGUAUGUUUUCGGGUCCACACUAGUAGCAGCCGUGCUCCUGGUGGCCAGGCAGAGUGCUCGGCAGGGGCUGAGCCGAGCUGGCUGCUCACAGGCGCCGCCUUCCACUGCCCUCCCAGCCUUCCCAGCUGGUGCCAGCCACAGCAGCAGGGCACAGGGGCCUGAGUGCCGGAGCGGGGUCCACAUCUGCUCUGCACCUUCCUGCCAUAGAAGCUGGAACAGUUACUUUCUUUCAGCAGAGAGGAGAAAGUGAUGUACGCAAGGGUGGGCCUCUUGUGGGCACUCAGGAAAAGAGGUUCCAGGAACGUGUGGAGAAGGCAGCCAGCUUCUUCAGGGUCCCUCUGCACACCAGAAUGAAGCCGGUGUGUGUCCAGACCUGCAGACACACAGCUGUCCCUGGGUAUCUGCGAGGACAGAUUUUCUUGUGGAUACCAAACUCUGAGGCUGCACAAGUGCUUUACGGUGGUUAUUUGUGUAUAACCUGCACACUUCCUCCCACAGACAAAUCCUUUCUGGAUUACUUACCUCCUACAAUGUAAACGCUAUGGAAAUAGUUGUUUACUAUUUACUGUACUGUUCAGGGAACGAUGACAAGUCUGUACGUGUUAGUGCACACAUUUUCUUUCCAAUAUUUUUGAUAAGAGGCUGGUUGAAUCUGGUUGUGGAACCCACUUUGGGCCAAUCGCACCAAGCAGCAACCUUGCAUAACUGGCUUCCGGUUCCAGCUCCGUCCAGCUGGCUAAAUGACCUUGUCCCACCAAGCAGGCCGAGCCUGGCUCUUCCAUGUGUUAUGUGCAUGGGAAUUUUGGGGUGGCUCAUACAUGGACGUGGCAGGGCUGGGCAGGGCAGGUAGCAAGAAGUUAGAACCAAUACGUGUCCUCAGGAAAGGGCGGGAAGUAAUCCAGUCCCGGUGUGUGUUGCCUCCUGUCACCUAAUGUUACAAUCUGCUGGAGUAUUUUUGCUGCCAUCAGUCAGAAGCUCUAAAAUAUGUGGCCUUAUUCUGUCCCGUUCCCUUUGUUUACAUCUGGUUAGCAAGAGUCAGCUGUUAGGGGAGGUGGCUGGCAGUGGGCAAACUGAUCAUUAAAAACGGCAUUUUGGCCAGGCACAGUGGCACACACCUGCAGUCCUGGCUAUUUAGGAGGUCAAAGCAGGAGGAUAGAAAGUUCAAGGGUAGCCCGGACAACUUAAAAUAAAAGGUGCUGGACGUAGCUUAGUGGUAGAGCACUUGCCUGUCACAUGUGAGGCCCCGGGUUCAAUCACCAGGAUCACAAGAAGAAAACAAAGGCGUUUUGUUCUUGGCUUUUGCUAUUCCUGUUUACAUUCCAAAAAAUACAUUUGGGUACCGCCCACCCUCCCAGAACUUGACAAGGUAUUAUCUGAUUAUCCAAAACCCACUUUAAGCCUAUGAAAGGAGGCAUGAGGCCAGUCCAUUUUCUAGAUGGAACUCAGUAUGGAUUAGGACUUUUUGGUGACAAAGGACAGAAAUCACAGCUCCAACAUGGCUUAAGAAUAAAAAAGCGA